AUGCACUUAUUUCUGGAAAAUCACUGCAAGAGCCUUGUCUCAUUCUGGACUGGAAAAUACAAAGGCCUUGACGAAGGCAAGGAAUGCUAUGUAAUUGCUCCUGCUGUCUGGGAUGCAAUUGGAUGCGAGACAGCAGAAGCCAGCAAUACAAUUCCAUCUACAUUUGGGCGACGCACACCUAACAUUGCUACAGAACAACAUAUAUUCACCGCUGAAGACUGGUCUUUCUGGACUCUUUUCAUUGCUCCCUAUGUUCUCGACAGACGCUUCUUUCGGCCGAAAUACUAUAAGCAUUUCAUGAAAUUCCACAGUAUCAUGAAGACAACUCUCCAGUUUUCGUUCACAGAUGCCGAACUGGGUAGCCUGCACGAAAGAGUCAUCGAUUAUAUCCAAGAGUAUGAAAGUAUAUAUUACCAAUUCAAGCCUGAUCGACUCUCCGUAUGUACCCUAGCAGUACAUGCCCUCCUCCACAUAGCCGAUGACAUCAAAACCAAUGGCCCUCCAUGUUACAAUUGGACGUUUGUGAUGGAGAGAUGGUGCCAGCACCUAUUACCUGCUGUCAAAUCUCACAAACGCCCAUUUGUGAGCUUGGCGAUGCGGCAAUAUCAUCUGGCACUGUUCAACGAGAUACAGACCCGUUAUGAGUUAUUUGAAGCAUUACAGCUAACGCCAUCUAAAAAGGAGCUAAGCCACUAUGAGGUCGUAUAUAAAGAGUAUCCCCAUUCCAUUCUUCAGCCCCCAAGGAGAGGUGGGAAACCUUUCACGGACUGGUUGCGAAACCUUGUGGCAGCGUACCUCACUACGGUCUUCAAUAUUCGCAUUUCAACUGCCAAACGAGUAAUCCCUGAAACAUUCACUGCAUGGGGAAAAGUACGAAUCGCCAAUGGUGGAGAUUGUAUAAGGGUGAAAUCCGCACAAGAUCUUUAUGCAGAUCGCUCACAAGAUGCUUCAUUUGUAUGCUACGAAGUUCUUGCUGAUAGGAAUGCUUUCUCCAAGUUUUCGGCAACAGAUUUUGUUCGCAUCAUCCACUAUGGUACACUCGAGAUGAUACUUGAGAUUAUUAUACCCCCAAACCCUUCACUUCGGACUAUGGAACCACGUCGCUUUAUUCUUGCACUGGUCAGCGACUGCAAAACUGACGGAAAGGAUGCAGCCAAGGACAUUGUUACUUUCACCAAAAUAGGCCCGUGUGCCAUUGUUGACUUGGCUGCAAUUUGUGCGGUGGUGGGAUGCUUCAAGUACGGGUGA